CGUUCUUACCUUUGUUACCCCUCUCCUUUUGACAGUUGCACGGUUGUGCAGCCACGGAAUAGAGCUGUGUGGUUUGUUUUCGUUUUGCGUGUUUCCGUAAUUAAUCUGACAUACAGGUAUUCACAAGAUGGUAACUGAGUAACAGUUAAUGGAAGAAAUGUGGUUUACCGGAACACACAUUAAUGUGAGAUGUGAGAUUGUGUUCAAAUUCAGGUAUAAGUAAUUAUCGAACAGCACCACUUAACACUGGUGUUCGUGACUGUAUAAUUCCCGAUGAAGUGAAGGUGUUUGAGUAGUGUUCGGUGUGAUGAUGCAUAGGGACAGGAUGAAACAAAAGUACGCUUUGGAGGACUACAUAUACGAGAUGGAAUGUCGUAGCGUAGAGCCGUCAGCGGAUCCCGAGGACCUCGAUGUGUACGCCCAACUUCAACAGAAAGAAAAGGAUCUUAUCCUUGCCGCAGAACUCGGAAAGGCGCUCCUCGAGAAAAACGAAGAACUAAGCCGGCAAAAUGAGAAGAUAGCUGAGGAUUUUUCGCAAAAACUUGAACUGUUGGAGCAAGACCGACAUUCCUUGAGACGAAAGCUUGAGUCUACACAGUCAGAAUGUGACACAAGACUGCUUGAGCUUCAAGUAGACAUCAGGGAGCUUAAUCAAACAUUAGCAGAACGAGAGUCAGCCCUUAAACAGACUGAGCGGGAGAAAGCAACUCUCAUUGCUGAACUGACAGAGCAGAACCAGCGGCUCACAAAUCAGCUCAAAGAAUCUAGUCGUCAAGAAGAACAGCUGACAGCACAGCUUCAAGGCCUGCGAGACCAGUGCAAUCUCAAAAAGUCCAGUCUUCAGGACCAUGUGAGCAGCCUUGAGGUGCUUAGAGAUGAGAUACACCUCAUGUCUGAGAAGAAAUGUGAACUAGAGCGGAGGUUGCAGUCACUAUUAAGUGAGAGAGAGAGCCUCAGUUUAGCUCUUGAUGAAGCUACAGACCGUAUUGUCAUGUUGGAACACCAAGCUCGAGGACAAGAACUCCAGCUGCGCCAAGCUCAGCGUGAGCUUGAGGAGUUGCGGGUCACAAAUGGUUCACUUGGUGAGAGAAUUGAGGUACUGUCAGCCCAUAGUUCCUCUCCGGGACCUCGUUCACUUCUGCAUGAGAUGGAGUGUGAUGAUGCUAGCAGUGAAUCUGAACUGAUACUCCAUAGUGACAACAGUUCCGAGCAACUGGAUGGGUUCCGGAAGGAAGUUCUAUUAGCAUAUCAGCAGCUUAGAAUGGCUUGUGAUAGACUACGCCACAGCAGAGGAGACUCAAUAAGUUCAGACAUGGAGUCUAUGCCUAGUGAAGACAUAUCUCCCAGUAAACUGAAGGUUGGCCUGUUGUCAGAGGUUGUGAAGGAACUGUCCAGGUUGAUCCAGGAAGUUCUGAGCAGGAGAGAGUCUCGACCCAGUUCAUCAUCCAGCAGUGGUAUUGACCUGGAGCUGGAACUGGAGGCAGAGUUACAUCGAGCCAAUGAGAACUUGGAGAAGGUGCAGAGGCUACUUGAUGACCGAGAGGAUGAGCUCAAGAGAAGAACUGAGCAGGUCAUGGAGCUCACUAGCAAGCUGAGUGUGCGAGAUGCAGAACUGUUGGGAAUGACAGAGGAGCGGGACAGGGCACGCGGUGACUUAGAGGACACCCACCUUGCAAAGGACGAAGUGGUACGCAAGGCAUGGGAGGUGCGUGAUGCAGCUGUGGCAAGGAAGAAUACAGUGGAAGUGGAACUUGCAAAGACUAGGAUAGAUGUUAUGCAGGCUAACAGCCAGCUAAUGGAAGCCAUUCAACAGAAGGUUGAGUUGAGUCAGCAACUGGAACAGUGGCAGAUGGACAUGCAAAGCCUCCUUGAUGAUCAAAUGAAGCAAAAACUGUGUGGGCAGGAGCAUGCUCGUCAAGCCACCAAUUUGGAGAAUAGCAAGAGGCCCUCCACACGACGACUCUUUGGUCUCUUCCAGCGAUGAUCACCACCAAUACCAUACAGUGACAUCCAGACUUGCCACCAAGAGACUAAUGAAGAAGAGCCACAUGUAUGCUUUGAAAGUCAAAUUGACUCUGUGGGUUUUUGUGUUUGCAGAAAUGUCCAUCAGAAAUCAACUCGAUGGAAACAGGGGUUGGUUAAUGAUUCCAGAGCACCAGGCUCUGUAGCUGCAAAUAAGGUCAACACUAAAGGAAUAUUUACAAAAAUCACAGUAUCCCACUGUCUAAGACAGAGACUCAGUUUUGACGAUAAUGCAGUGAUCAAAGUGGGGUAUUCAGGGAAACAAAUAAAACAUAAAUCGUUUAGUGAACAUGCAAAGUUGAAAACACGAAGGAGAUUACAGAAUAGUGAUAGAUGGGAAGUGUUUCCAUUUAAUUGUAAUGGUAACAUAGUGUCAGGUGUAUGUAUACUUUUAUUCUUAAUUGUCAUGUUCCCCAUUUUUAUACAUAUUUCUUUAUUUAUUUUCUUCUUAAAUUGUGUACUAAACAACAGUUAUAUGCAUCAUUGUAAAUAGGCAAAGUAAAUCUCAUUUUAGUUUUUAAACUCCACUGCCCAGCUAAUAUAUAAUCACUAGACUGUGAUAACAUCGGUACUGGGGCAGUCUUACAGCAGUAAUGGUUACUGAGCCCUAAAAUAUAUAAUUAUUUUAUUCUUGGUUGCUCCCUGUAACAUGGCAGCCAUUCAGCAUUAAUGAUAAAUUUGUGUCUACACUUAAAUCGUUUUGCAUCAAGUACAUGGGUAAAUAUUUUUAAAAUCAUGUAAGGAACUUAAAGGCAUAUGCCAUUAAAAUUAAUACUGGGGGAGGUGUGCUAUGAUUUGAUUCACUUGUAUACAUAAAACAACGAAUUCGUACAGCUUGGACAUUUAAUGAGAAUGUAUAUAACGUGUAUAUUGUAGCUGGCACUUGUGAAAGAGACGCUAACUGAAAUAAGAGCACUUGUGAUAUGAUCUAGGCACAGCCAAGGUGCUUUCUUCAGAAUUGGCAAUGUCAGAAAUCAUGCUGUUAUUACAGUAAAUAUUUUAUUUGUUGUGUUAUUUAAAUAUAUUAAGUGCUUGGUUAUAAAGUAACCUGUAUGUUUCCAAUUUCAGACUUGGACCAGCCUUAAAAUGACAAAGCCAUUUGUAAAAUAUAGCAGAUUAGAAUAUGAGGUACAGCUGGUUAAAUUUAUGAUGGCCAACAGAUUUACAGGAGCGGGUUCUCUUAGGAUUUUCUUGGUUACUGGGACAUUAAUUUGGAAGUUAUUACCACUAUUUACUCAUUAUAGAAGUUGUAGGAAGAAGUCUUUUCAGAAAAUAAAAUUCAUUUCACUUUGCCA